AAAUGUUGGUGUUGUGUAGGCUGUGGCACUGGAUGGCACCUUCUACCAGAAGUCUGGUAUCAUGUCUGGUGGCAGUCUCGACUUGGCAAGAAAAGCCAAAAGAUGGGAUGAUAAGCAAAUGUCCCAGCUCAAGUCUACCAAGGAAAAAUUGACAGAAGAACUGCGUGAAGCAAUGAAGAAAUCACGGAAAGAAUCAGAACUGAACACUGUGGAGUCCCAAAUACGAGGACUGGACACUCGCCUCAAGUAUUCUAAGAGUGAUAAGGAGAAGACACUGAAGCAGAUUGCUGCGCUAGAUGAGGAAUUGCGACAACUUGAGAACAAACUAGAGCUGAUUGCUCCAAAAUGUGAGUACAUUGAGAAGUCUAUGAUGGCUCGGGACCAGCUGAUCCAGGAGAUGAAAGGCAAGAUGAACCGUGUCGAGGAUGACGUUUUCGAGGACUUCUGUCGUCAGAUUGGCAUGCAGAACAUUCGGCAAUAUGAGGAACGAGAACUUCGCAGUCAACAAGAGCGGGCAAAGAAACGACUGGAGUUUGACAACCAGAAAAACCGCAUCACCAACCAGCUUGAAUUUGAGCGGAUGAAGGAUACUAAGAAUAAUGUACUUCGAUGGGAACGAGCCGUGUCAGACGAUGAAGAUGAGCUGGAGCGAGCAAAGCAAGCGGAACAGAAACAAAUGUCAGAAAUUGAUAAGCUUAUGCGAGAACUGGAUAAACUGAAAAGUGAACGACAGACCAAAAAGAUGGACGUUGAUGCUUUUGAGGAGCAGAUAGGCAAGGCCAGACGUGAAGUGGGAGCCAUUGCCAAAGAUAUACAGGCAGCCCAGAAACUAGUUAACAGUAUUGAGAACAAAUUAGAAAUGCGCAAGGGGGAACGACACAGCAUCCUUAUGCACUGCAAGAUGGAAGAUAUUCAGAUACCAAUGCUCCAUGGGAAUAUGGAAGACAUCAGUGCUCAGGAGUCAUCAACCAUGGAGUCAUCUAUGGACAGCAGUUCUGUGGCAGCCCAGCAGAUAUAUGAUAGAGAAUCCAGGAUUACAAUUGAUUAUUCUCAACUGAAUGCAUCUUAUAAGGACUUUGAGGAUGAUGAAGUGAAGAAAUAUGGAGACAAACUGGCUAAAGCAAUCAGUGAUGCAUCGCUCACACUUCAAAAAAUACAAGCUCCUAAUAUGAAGGCGAUGCAUAAACUAGAGAUGGCUCGUGAAAAGUUACAAGAGACUAAUGAAGAGUUUGAAAAUGCCAGGCGACGGGCAAAGCAGGCGAAAAAGAAUUUUGAAAAAGUAAAGAAAGAAAGACAUGACAAGUUUAUGGAUUGUUUUGAACAUGUGUCUAAUGAGAUAGACAACAUCUACAAGGCCUUAGCCAAGAAUCAGUCAGCCCAAGCGUUCUUGGGGCCAGAGAAUCCUGAGGAACCGUACCUGGAUGGUAUAAAUUACAACUGCGUGGCGCCAGGCAAACGAUUCCAGCCUAUGUCCAACCUGUCCGGAGGAGAGAAGACAGUGGCUGCUCUGGCCUUGCUGUUCGCUAUCCACAGUUACCAGCCUGCACCGUUCUUUGUGUUGGAUGAGAUUGAUGCAGCCCUGGACAACACCAAUAUCGGCAAGGUAGCCUCAUACAUUCAUGACAAGACUACUUCCCUCCAGACCAUCGUCAUCUCUCUCAAGGAAGAGUUCUUCAGCCACGCGGAUGCCCUCAUUGGCAUUGUGCCUAAUGCUGGAGAAUGUCUAAUUAGCAAAGUCAUCACUCUGGAUCUGUCACAAUAUCCAGCUGGCAACCCAACGUAACCUGAUUUCUAGGGAUGCCGGAGUUGUGAAUCCAUCAAGGAUGAUUUUAUUAAUAAGUAUUAUGUUAACAAACAAUUAAGUAAUAGGAGUUAAUUAGGAGUAUAGGUGUACUCUUAAUUUUAAGAUGCUUCAUCUGGUGUAUCUACAUGAAGUUAAAUAUAUUAUUUUGUUACUUUAA